CCUGUUUAGCUCUAGAAAUCAUGAUCACUUGGGCACAAUUCGUGUUUUUAAUAGUCACUUCGUUGACUCUCCCAUUAUAUAUAGCAAUGAUGAUAGUUAUAUGGAGGCGACCAACACUUUCUGUUUUCCACAUUCUGAUGCUGUCACAGGGUGUUGCUGACAUAUAUUCCGUACUCUGUUAUGAUUUCUUCGUCAUUUUACGCAGAUCGUCGCUGUGCGACGAAUUUUUCUGGGACAAUCGCUAUUUGUUGGCUAAUGCAGCUAUUAUCACUAUUAAUCACUCUUUGUUUCUCAGAUGCACU